GGGCGGUUUUUGAGAACAGAGGAAAGAGAGUUUAGAUAGAAAAAUUGAGCAAAUGCUUCUGUACACAAUUCUUGGCAGUUUCCAUCUGUAGUGUCCCACACCGCCUCCUAACCCUGGUCACACUUGUCAUUUUGUGUCUGGGGCUUGUCCAAUCCUACUUGACAGGAGCUCCAAGAAGGCAAAGCCCACGUCUAUUCACUGCGCCCAGCACGGAGCCUGGCAUUUAGUAGGUCCCUGUGAGCGAGGGUGAGUGAAUGGUUGAUGUUGUUAGUUCAAGUAGAAAGAAGGUGUGAAGGGAGAAGGACCAGCAGUUGUUCUGUGCUUGUGCCACUGUUCUGAAGGGCACAGAUCAGUGUGCAUGGCAACAGAUGGGUAUUUAAGACUGUUGUGAUGCUAAUAUACGAAGGGCAGCAGCCUUCCUUACCUUUAGUUUAAAAAAAUCCUGGAAAGUAGUAAGUCAUCUCAACUCAUUUAGAGAGGAAUACAUUAUGCUUUCCUGGAGUGGAAACUAUAUUUGGCCUUUUGAAAAUCUCUGCCUGAAUGGGAUCGUUCCCAUGCCUUGGUGCAGGAGGCCAAAUAAGCUCAAGCCACCCACUUCAGUUUUAGAAAUUAUAUAGUCUCCCUGAGAUAAAUUCAUUUGUUCACAGGUCAUACAUCUUAGAGGUUAAGCUGUCAACUGCUGUGACAUUGAACAUAUCUUUGGGAGUGGAGGAAGAUGACUGAUUAUGAUGAUCCCGAAGGACAGGAAUUGCUUGGGGGAGGGGGAGGAAGUCCUGAACUGGUUGAGAGACUGAUUCAUUCAUGUUUGCUCCAAGCAGCUUGUCUGUGUCUUGUGUCUCCCUGCAAACUAAUUCUCUCCUCUGUUGCAUUUGAGAAUUGCCUCUCUCAACCCACCGUCACUGGGUCCAUGGGAGGGGGUGGGGGCAGCCGGCCAUGUUGAGCUGAGCCCUCCCCUUUGCCCCCUGGCAGCCGUGGAGCUGUGCCCAGAAAGAGGAGGAAAGCCUAGCAAAUGGGGUUGCCUCUCACCUCUGCCAGGAUGGGAAAUUGUUUUGCAAGCUCACAGAAAGGCUAUGAGCCUUGAUAGCUGUUACUCUGAAACUGUAAGAGAUUCUUCUUUUAAUUAGUAUUUUGGAAAAUGCACACUGCUGCAGGAUUUCAACAGAGCAUCCAAGCCUUUUCUGCAAGUUCGAGUACAUUUUUUAGAGUGUUUCAAAAGUAUAGAUUGUGUUGAAUGCCUUUAGUUAUGAAUGGAUUAGAUGUGUGUUAUCUCCUGGAGAAAAAUGUGUCUGGAAACGGACUGCAUUCUUCAGGGAUAAUUAGUUCAUUGUGCUUAGCACAGCAAGUCCUCCAUUGGUGUCCUUAAAGAUGGGACGGAUAGAUUAUUGAAAGCAAGAGACUAGUUGCAACAUAUUUGCUUGCUUGAUAUCUAAAAAUUGUUCAGUUCAAAAAAAACCAAGACUUGAUUUCAUCAUCAAAUAGCCUAAUAAAAGAACAGAGUGAAAAAUAGAGCUAAUGAUUGUCAUAGAAGCAGAAAGAUGAACCCACGGAGGAAUGCCUGAAACAGAGCAAGAUUUUAGAGUCCCAGAAUGUGUGCCCUUCAAGGCCAUCUCAGUUCCGUUUCAUGGCUGAAUGGAGAUGGGCACCAGUUGCGUCCUGAAGCGCCAUCAGCUGUAACCAAAAUUCCAGCUCCCAAGACGACAGCCAGGCAUUCCCGCUCCCAAGAACCGAAGACCAUGGAGCUGUCUGACAGCGACCGACCCGUCAGCUUCGGCUCCACGUCGUCCUCAGCCUCCUCCCGGGACAGCCAUGGUUCCUUCGGCAGCAGAAUGACCUUAGUUUCAAACAGCCACUUGGGUUUGUUUAACCAGGACAAGGAAGCAGGGGCCAUAAAACUGGAGCUGAUGCCAGCCAGGCCGUUCUCCAGCAGCGACCUGCAGAGGGACAACCCGUCCGGGCAGCAGAACUCCGAGGAGGCCAGCGAGAGGCAGCCCAGGGCCCCGCGGAGAGCGGACGCCAACGGGGCACCCAAGACGACUGCAGACUCGGCCACCAGCCCCAAGCUCCUCUACGUGGAUAGAGUCGUCCAGGAAAUUCUGGAGACUGAGAGGACUUACGUGCAAGAUCUAAAAAGCAUCGUAGAGGAUUACCUUGACUGUAUCAGGGACCAAACAAAACUUCCUCUGGGGACCGAAGAAAGAUUAGCCCUUUUUGGAAACAUACAGGAUAUCUACCACUUCAAUAGUGAACUUCUGCAAGAUUUGGAAAACUGUGAAAAUGAUCCUGUGGCCAUAGCAGAAUGUUUUGUGUCCAAGAGUGAAGAGUUCCACAUUUAUACCCAGUAUUGCACCAACUAUCCGAGAUCAGUGGCUGUGCUCACAGAGUGCAUGAGGAACAAGAUACUGGCCAAAUUCUUCAGGGAACGCCAGGAAACUCUGAAACGCUCACUGCCUCUGGGGUCCUAUCUCUUGAAACCAGUUCAGCGGAUUCUCAAGUAUCAUCUCCUCCUGCAUGAAAUAGAAAAUCACCUUGAUAAGGACACCGAAGGCUAUGACGUGGUGCUCGAUGCUAUAGACACGAUGCAGCGAGUGGCCUGGCACAUCAAUGACAUGAAGCGCAAACACGAGCACGCAGUUCGGUUACAGGAGAUACAGAGUCUGCUCACCAACUGGAAGGGGCCGGACCUGACCAGCUACGGGGAACUGGUGCUCGAGGGGACCUUCCGCAUCCAGCGGGCCAAGAACGAGCGGACACUCUUCCUGUUUGACAAGCUGCUCCUCAUCACAAAGAAGCGAGAUGACACGUUUACAUACAAAGCCCACAUCCUGUGUGGCAACCUCAUGCUGGUGGAGGUGAUCCCGAAGGAGCCGCUCAGCUUCAGCGUCUUCCACUACAAGAACCCCAAGCUGCAGCACACGGUUCAGGCCAAGUCCCAGCAAGACAAGCGCCUCUGGGUCCUGCACCUGAAGAGGCUGAUCCUGGAGAACCACGCGGCGAAGAUCCCGGCCAAGGCCAAGCAAGCUAUCCUUGAAAUGGAUGCCAUUCACCUUCCCGGCUUCUGCUACAGCCCCGAGGGGGAGACCAAGCCGCUCUGUGGCUCUAAAGAGGGUUCCGCUCCACAUCGGCUGAGAAGAAAAUCCGAACCUUCCUCAAGAGCACAUAAAGUUUUGAAAACCAGUGAAACAGCACAAGACAUCCAAAAGGUUUCCAGGGAGGAAGGCUCUCCCCGGCUGACCUCAGCACGGCCAUCUCCUGCCCAGAGGAACAGUCAGCCGAGCAGCUCUGCCACGAUCGGCGUGUUUCGCGGGAGUGGAGCCGUCAGAAACAUCUGGACGGAUCACCAGAUCAGGCAAGCCUUGUUUCCUAGCCCACGGCCCGCACAGGAGAACGAGGAUGACGAAGAUGACUAUCAGAUGUUCGUGCCAUCCUUCUCCUCCUCAGAUUUGAACUCUGCCAGACUGUGUGAAGACAGCACUUCGAGUCGCCCUUGCAGCUGGCACGUGGGGCAGAUUGAGUCCACAGAGACUCCCGGCCCUGGUCACAGGGUCGUCAGGAGGGCCAGCAGUGCUGGUGAGAGCAACACGUGCCCUCCUGAAAUAAGAAUCAGGGACAGCGAUGGCUCUCAGAACAGCCCCGGAACAGAAGAGCAGGAUGGGCGGACUCCCUUUGGGUCGUCUAUAGAGUUGACAAUCGAUGACAUAGACCACGUCUAUGAUAACAUAAGUUAUGAGGACUUAAAACUCAUGGUUGCGAAACGGGAAGAAGCUGAAUCCACUCCCAUUAGAUCAAGUAGGGACUCCGUUCGCCCCAAGAGCACCCCGGAGUUAGCCUUCCCAAAGAGGCAAGCGGGCCACAGUCAGGGCCCCCUGCACACACAGAAGGAUGGAGCCCUCACGGGCCGGGAGGCAUCCAGCCAGAGCACACACGAAUUCCAGGUGGUCGAAGAAAACAUCUAUGACACUAUAGGGCUCCCAGAUCCGCCAUCGCUAGAUUUCAAGUGCAGCAGCCUAAAGCGCCCAAAGAGGAGCACUUUUUUGGGUCUGGAAGCCGACUUUGUGUGCUGUGACAGUCUGAGGCCAUUUGUUUCCCAAGACAGCCUCCAGUUCAGCGAGGACGAGACGCCUCACCACCAGGGUACCUCUGAUAACGACUACCUGAGCCUGCUGUACAGCUCUUCCAGCUGUACCUUGUCUGUCGCUGACAAGCCCACAGCUGACAAACUGUCUGAAGAAGUAGAUGAAAUCUGGAAUGACCUGGAAAAUUACAUCAAGAAGAACGAAGACAAGACCAGGGACCGUCUCCUUGCCGCAUUUCCCGUGAGCAAAGAUGACGUGCAAGACAGGCUGCACGCUGAGAGCACCCCCGCGCUGGGCCGGGACCCGGCCCACUCUACAUCCAUGCUGUCACUGCCCGGGAGCCAGGCCUUCCUGGCGCCUGUGAAAAGCAGGGCCUCCAGAGUGAGCCGGGCCAACUACCCAUUCGAAGAAGACCUCAUUUCUAGAGAAGGCUCCUUUAUGAGUCUUAACCGGCUCUCUCUGGCCAGCGAGAUGCCUCCUGUGGACAGCCCGUACGACCUGGCCUGCAGUCUGUCCCAAACAGACCCAGACAACCCUGACGCAGGGAUGGAGGCCACGGAUAAGACGAAAAGCAGGGUUUUCAUGAUGGCUCGGCAGUACAGCCAGAAGAUCAAGAAGGCAAAUCAACUUUUAAAAGUGAAAAGUCCGGAGUUGGAGCUGCCACCGGCCAGUCAGCACCCUAAGUCCGUGCACAAAGAUCUGGCCGCGAUCUUGGAGGAGAAGAAACAAGGAGGGCCUGCCAUUGGUGCCAGGAUUGCUGAGUAUUCCCAACUGUACGACCAGAUUGUAUUCAGGGAGACUCCCCUUAAAAUUCAGAAGGAUGGUUGGGCCAGCCCUCAAGACCUCUCUCUCCCCAGGUCUGCGUCACCUUCCCAGGUCCAACAGGGUAGCGAGAAUUGGCUUCUGCACUCAACCUACAGUAAUGGAGAGUUAGCAGAUUUCUGUCCCCAGCCAGAGCAAGACUUGAGGUCACGAUAUCCCACUUUAGAGAUCAGUACCAAAAGUACGCCCCGACAAUUGUCCGCGGCUUGCUCUGUGCCUUCUCUUCAAACCUCCGACCCUCUGCCGGGCUCCCUGCAGAGAUGCAGCGUGAUAGUCAGCCAGCCCAACAAAGAGAACUUGUGUCAGGGCCAUCUUUACAACUCUUUGGGUCGGAAAGGAAUCGGUGCAAAAUAUCAGCCUUAUAACAGGUCCCAGUCAUCGUCCUCAAUCCUGAUAAACAAAUCGAUGGACUCCAUCAACUACCCCAGUGAAACGGAAAAGCAGCGGCUGCUGUCACUACACAGGAGUUCCAGGUGCGAGAGUCACCAGGACUUGCUGCCAGGCAUUGCUGACUCACAGCAGCCGGGCACAGAAAAACUCUCGGAUCUCACACUCCAGGACUCGCAGAAAGUUUUGGUAGUAAAUAGAAAUUUGCCCUUAAAUGCCCAAAUGGCGACACAGAACUAUUUUUCCAAUUUCAAAGAGACUGAAGGAGAUGAAGAUGACUAUGUGGAAAUAAAGUCAGAGGAAGAUGAGGCAGAGUUGGAGCCAUCCCACAAUCGCAGGAGGAAAUCUGACUCGAAGACCGUGGAUGCUGACUUUCCGGAUAGCAGCUGCAGCAGAAGCACGUCUUACUCUUUGAACAGCCCGUGCGCUCCCAGAAAGCCAAUAAACAGCAAGCUGGAGCUUUCACCCUAUCUGACAUCAUGUAAUGAAUCUGGCAAGCUGAGCGACUAUCUUUGGAGGGGGCCAUCUCCCAACCAACAAAACAUUGUACAGUCUUUAAGGGAAAAAUUUCAGUGUCUAAGUUCCAGCAGCUUUGCUUAAGGUUUUAGUAACAGCUGCCUGAAUUAGCUUCUUAUUCUCCUAAGAACUAUAAAUACUGAUGAGGUGUUUUAUAUGUACCAGAUUAAAACCAUUUUGUAAUAACUAGAGGUGUAAAAUAUACUUUCUUUUACAGCACAACUUUUUGCAUUGGCUGACGAUACAGCCAGGAUUGUACUGUAGCAAACUUCAGCAUCUAACGGUAUACUUUCUGAUGCUGAUUGUCUUCCUGUUUCCUGUAAGUCAACCUUACUUGAAAAUUUUUAGGCUUUUUUUUUUUUUAACAUGAUGGGCUGCCAUAAUGUUUUUUUUCCCUUAUCCUGACAAAGUGCUUAUACGAUAAGAAAUGCAAUAAUCCUCUCAUAUUAUCCGGAAGCCCCAAGUAAUUUUAUCCUGUGACUCAAAGGCAGCACGGAAAGCUGUUUAAAGAAUUUUUGUUACAUCUGUGGCAAGACUUUAGAAUAAUGUAAGUCAGAGAUCUCUCAUUGUCACAUAGUCUGCAGUGCCCGUUUUAGAGUUUCCAUGCCAGUAUUCCUAUAUCAUUUCAUUUUCACGUAGAAAUUGUGUGGCUAUUGAAAAUUAAAAUGUAGCAGGACCAAUUUGCAUUUUGUUGUUUAAGCAAAGCCCUUUGCCUGUAUUCCUGGACAAGGCCUGGAGAAUGCACUGCUCAUGGCGUUGAGUAUAUGAUUUCUGGGGUGAAAUGAAUUAUUUCCUUAAUGGCCUAAAGAAAACCAAGGUCAAUAAAAUGCAGAUUCACUUAGUUCUUAGAAAAGAUAGGAUGACUUCUGGGAACAGCUUGAUUGUGACACAAAACCCAAAACAGAGACCUCCACGGCAUUGUGUGUGCGGAACCAUAAGCUAAAAUAAGACAAAGCACUUUAAGAAGUCACCUUUCCCAGAGGAGUUUUUCACAUGGCAGCUUCCUGAGUUUUGGACUCCGCCAAAUGGGCUACUUGACCUUAGCCCUGAGAAGUCACUGGCUGCAGGAAUAGGAGGGCAAGAAUCAAUUUUCUAAACCAUGUGUAACAUGGAGCCUUUUUGCAAUUCUUGUGAGGCAUAUAAAAACAGAAUCUUUUGGUUAACUAGGUUCUAAUAUCUUUUAAAUUGUAAUUAUAGUCUUUAUACAGGAUUUCAUUGUGAUACUAUAUACUAUUCCCACUCCUUAGGAAAGAAAACCAAAAAAAACAAAAAAACAAAAGAUGUGAGUAAAAAGCAAAAUCAAAGCUAAAGAGAAAAAGGCAGAUUUAUUGCUACCUUAUAAAAGUAUUCUAUUUUGUUAAGACCAUGGUUAAUACAGCAGGAAUGCUUUCUCAAAUAGUGGCAUUUUUUAAGUAGUGGUAGGUAUAUUCUGUGGCCCUUCCCCACCCUCUGAGUUUCCAUUUUAAAAGAUAAAUACUUUGUGUAGGGAAAGGGGUCAGGGUUUCUCAUUUAAAGAUAAGCAAUAAUAUUGAAUAAGUGACAUCAUAAUUCUUUUCCUCUUUUUAAGUCCUAUGCCUCUUAACUGUAAAACAUCAAAUGUGACCAUUUUUAUUUUACAAAUAGGUACCUAAGGCAUUUGUUUUACUUUUUAAAUAACCCAAGUUUAUUGCUUCUCCACACUAUUAUAGCUUAUAAAACAAAGCCCAUAUUGAAUAACAUGGCUCUGGAAACAUUCCUCUUUUCACUGCCUUCAUUUAAACAUGAUAUGAGUUUUCAAGAUUAAGAAGUAUCAAAAAAGAUAAGCAUAAGAAAGUAUGUUCUUAAGACUUGCUACAGAUGUGUGUGUAAGUACAUUUGUAUUACCUGUAAACAGCUACCUGACUCUUGCCCCAGGAAUGCAGUUUCCCAUUUUUGCUUUUUGGUUUAUAUGACCCAAAUUCUAAUAGUCCAUAAUAGAAAUUGUCGUCUUUCAGAAAUUAUUCUCCACACUAGUGUCUUGUACGACUUGGCAUCGCCUGUAGGAAUACACCCCCCACUGCACAAAGGUGGAUGUCUUACUAUAUAAAAUAUCUAUGUGGUUCUUAGGUUCAAGAACACAUCUGUAGUUUUAUAGAUCACUUCUGUUGGCCAGGACACAGGUUUUAAGAGCUGUGUAUGUAUAAUCAUGUUUGUAUUUUCCUUCAAGGUUAUCAAAUGAUUGCUUUUGUUUAAAAAUAGUUUCUUUUGGAGGUGGGGUGGGGAUGUAUAUAAUUGGGGGGAAAAGUUACAUGUACUUAAAAGUAUGUCAAGUUCUUAUUAGUUUCCUGUACUGAAGGUGGUUCUUCUUUUUUUUUUUUUAAUAAAUUCACUUUUCACCUACAUUAUUCUUUGUGGGGAAAAAAUGCAUCUAGGAAAACAUAGUUUAAAUACUGUAUAUAAGAUAAUAAAAGUUAGUAAUGCCCAUUAUUUAAUAAAGUUUGUAAAGUACAAAGUAAA